AUGUCACCGAGGCUGAAGAGGGUGUCAGUGGAUCCCUCCGGCGGUGUCACCGGAGCCCCCAGAGCAGAGCCCCGGGGAUGUCACCGAAGCCCCCCGGCGGUGUCAGUGGAUCCCUCCGGGGUGUCACCAGAUCCCCCCCGAGGUGUCAACGGGUCCCCGCAGAGAUGUCACCAGAUCUCCCUCCCAGGUGUCACCAGAUCCCCCCCCGAGGUGUCACCGGGUCCCCCUGAGGUGCCACCGCGGCCUCGCAGCGCCCCCUGGCGGAGCGCUCCCGGCGGCCGCAGGCCCCGCCCCCGCCGGCCCCGCCCCCGUCGGCCGGAGCCCCGCCCGCCGCACCCGCGCCACAGCCCUCGCUGUGCCUUGCAGAGUGCCCGGGGACCGGCAGCGCCCAGGCGGGCAGCGCGGCCGCCUGCCAGGGAUGCCCCAACCAGGGCUGUGCGCGGCCGGCGCGGCCGGGCCGGACCGGCCGAGGCGGCGGAGCUGCGGGCGCGGCUGCGGGCGGUGCGGCACACGGUGCUGGUGCUGUCCGGCAAGGGCGGCGUGGGCAAGAGCACCUUCAGCGCCGCCCUGGCGCACGGGCUGGCGGCCGACGAGCACAAGCAGGUUGCUCUGCUGGACAUCGAUAUCUGCGGGCCGUCGAUCCCUAAAAUGAUGGGUCUGGAAGGAGAACAGGUUCAUCAGAGUGGAUCCGGAUGGUCUCCAGUGUAUGUUGAAGAAAACUUAGGUGUCAUGUCAGUGGGAUUCUUGCUUAGCAGCCCUGAUGAUGCAGUCAUCUGGAGAGGACCAAAAAAAAAUGGGCUGAUCAAGCAGUUCCUCCGUGACGUGGACUGGGGGGAGGUCGAUUACCUGAUCGUGGACACACCUCCGGGGACGUCGGACGAGCACCUGUCCAUCGUGCAGUACCUCAGUGCCACCCACGUCGAUGGGGCUGUCAUAGUCACCACCCCGCAGGAGAUAUCGCUUCAGGAUGUUCGGAAGGAGAUCAACUUCUGCCACAAGGUGAUGCCCAUCAUAGGUGUUGUGGAAAACAUGAGUGGCUUUGUGUGUCCAAAGUGUAAGAAAGAAUCCCAGAUCUUUCCCCCAACUACUGGUGGUGCAGAGAAGAUGUGCCAGAAUUUGAAUGUCUCCCUCCUGGGUAAAGUGCCUCUAGAUCCACAGAUAGGAAGAAGUUGUGACAGAGGGCAGUCAUUCCUGUCCGAAGCACCAGAUUCUCCAGCUACAUUGUCUUACAGGAAUAUCAUUCAAAGAAUUCAGGAGUACUGUGAACAACAACAUUCUCAAGAAGAAAAGAUGAUCUAAUCUGUGAAUGGAAUAAAAAAUGUAGCUCUUGUUCAAAAGUAACUUAUGCCUUGAUUUAAUAGAAGGAAUGUAUUCUUUUUGUAUAUUGCAAAUAAAUUCUUAAUAUAAAUGUU